AUGGGGUUUUUGCUUUCCUAUGUUUUCUUGGUCGAUCAAUCCAGUAAACUUUAUCUUACCAUUCACUGUUAUAAAUUAGUCUGAAAUCAAUUUGGGUCUCUAUAAGAUUUGUUCUUUUUGUAAAUUCUGCAAAAGGGGUUUUAGUCUAAAAUCAAUUUGAGUCUCAAAAAGAUUUGUCUUUAUGUAAAUUCUGAAAAAGGGGUUCUGGGUUUUGUGAUUUUAGUAAAUGGGGUCAUCUGCUUUCUUUAUAAUCUGUGUUCUACAUUCACUAAUAGCUACUAUUAGUGGUGUUUUAAUAUUGUUCUAUUUGAAUGAAGUUUCUGUACUUGGACAUGGUAUUGAAAUAGCAAAAAAGUUGUUAGGGUCAACCCCACAUGACCAAUUGGUGAUUAAAACAUAUGAUUUAUUUGUUGGAUUGAUGUUGUGUGUAAUUGGGUUACUGUUAUUUGUGGUGUCUUUUGUUAAGGAGAGGGAAUUUCAGAGUUUUUUCGCGAAAGGUUGUGUUUGUCUUCAUGUAGCAAUGAGAUUAUGGAGAGUGUAUUUUGAGAGGAAGCUUGAGGAUUUGGCUUAUGAUUGGCCAAGACAAGUUGUUGGUGAUUUUGUUCUAGCAAUUUCUUGGGUGUUUUUUCUUGUUAAUUCAUGGAGGGAAAAGUAUGAUUAGAAAGAUUUUUUUUUCUGAACUUUUGUUAGCUUAAGAUGUUUCAGAGUCCCAAAUAAUGACGCUUGAUGGAAAAAACAGAUUAAAACACUUCUAGCACUUUAAGAUGCUUGAUCAAAUUCUUUUCUUUUUCAAAUUGGUGUUAUAUUUAGCUCUCUGCUUGCAAGAAAUAUUUCAUUUUGUGGCUGCUAUUGUUUUAGAAUUUCUCCUAUGUUUAAUAUAAUAUGAUUCCAUGUUGAACAAGAAAUUGAAUGUCGUAACCUUGUGGAAGUUUGAUCUCGGUAAAUCCACCUUCUCAGCGAGCCUACGUACUCAGUGAGCCCAACUAGGAUAAGAAAACUUGGUAAAUACUUGCUCCAUAUGUAUCUGAUGAACAUGGAUGUAGAAGCAUAUUGUAGAUAUGUUGAACAUUUUCAAUAGUAUGUUAGUUCACUAGCAUCUAUGGUUGUUUAUAUGUGAAAUCUGAAUCUACACAGGCUCUAUGUGUAAACAAUCACAUAUUGUUUAAACAACUUGUGUUUAUUAUAUAACUUCGAGAAGUUUAUUCAUUUGUUCUAUUGUUGAC